AUGGUUGAAGGGUGGACCUCGACGCAUUCAUACUUCAUCGUCAUGGGUGGUUUCAACCCAUCAACAGGAAUAGCGGUGGACCCGAACGACUUGUACCAAUACCCCGGCAUAAUCGAGAAGACCGGGAAUACUAGAAAGGCCGCCAUAAUAAAGAAAGAAAUUCUCGACAAAAGUAAAGGGGAUGUGUUUUCGAAAUUUAUCAUUGUCCUUCAACUACUAUGGUUCAUCACUCAAUAUGUCGGACGAUGGGCAAGCCAUUUGCACAGAUCACAACUCGAGACAAUGACGCUGGCGUAUGCAGCAUUGAGUCUCUUUGUUUACGUGCUGUGGUGGCAUAAACCCGUCAACAUUCAAUUCCCAAUCCAUGUGACGAGAGAGUCCCCUUCCGUUCCUUCCGAGACAAAACCAACACCUAAAACGGAGACUGAUGCAGAUCCGAUGUCCCUCGUGCAGGUGUCUGAGCCCGAGGGGUUGGGAGUCGGGUCCAUAUUUAUAGCCACUGGGAUGAUCUUUGGGGGAAUCCAUUGCCUUGCAUGGUCGUUUGCCUUUCCGACACGCACGGAGAUGAUUCUAUGGAGGGUUUCAGCAAUAUACAUUACAGUGGCUCCUGUCUUUCCAAUUUUGAUCACGUGGAUUAACGACGGAUCAGUACUUCAAGUUUUUGCACUUGUUUUUGCACUUGUUUAUGCUGCAGCGCGGGUCAUCCUGCUUGUUCUCACCUUCAGUUCUUUGCGUUCACCUCCGCCUAGUCUAUACCAGACCCCGUCUUGGUCAUCAUUCCUCCCGCAUUUUGGAUAG